AAAACAGUGCGACUCGAUUAAAAGUCAUCCACUUAAUCAUGCCCCAGCACCCAGCACCUAUCAAUGCUGUUCGGUUUAGGACCACGAUAAAAAUGGCCAUAAGUAAACUCCAGUUCAUACAGGAGAAGAAGGCGGCUCUCACAAAACAACAACGGCGCCAAUUGGCCGAUUUGUUGUCUCUGGGCAAAGAAUCCAGUGCAAAGAUAAGAGUUGAGAAUAUUAUCAGAGACGAUAUCUCUAUCGAAUUAUUGGAGUACUUGGAGUUAUAUUGUGAGUUGAUACUUGCACGGCUCUCUUUGAUAAUCGAUAAUCCUACGUGUGAAGAGAGUUUGUUGGAGGCCGUUUACUCGGUUAUCUACUCGGCUCCCCAUAGUGAGCUCAAAGAAUUGACACAACUUAGGGAGUUGUUAAUCUACAAGUUCGGGCCCGAGUUCGGUAAAAAGGCCAUUGAAAAUGAUGGAGGCCAUGUCCCUGAAAAGAUCCUUAAGCGGUGUCGAAUUCCUCCACCUAGUGAAGAAUUGGUCAACUUAUACUUGUGUGAAAUAGCCAAAACUUACGGUGCUCCAUACUCGGGUUUGAAGGACUUGGUUCUGAUAGACGACGACGAGAAGGGUGCUGACAGUGAUGAUCAUGAUGAUCCCAGCAGUGGAGUUGGUGUCCAAAACUUAGAGAAGCCUAUAGCUGAGCCGGAAGAACCUGCCAAGAAACCAAAGGAAGUAGACGAGCUUGAUGCUCUCAAGGCCCGGUUUGCUGCUUUAAAGAGAUAGUACAUUAAUUAGAAAUUUAUCAACUUAACUUUUUUGCAGCAAUUACUAUAAAGGUGAACAUGCCUCAAAAUUCUCUUGAGCUACGGCUCUGUUCAAGCACUGGUAGAUGAUUCUUGGGCCACAUCCCCAACAGUACGUAAAAAGCGGUUUAUUUCGACGUUUUCAUGACUUCCUCUCAAUUCCCAGCCAGGUUCAUUGUUGAAUACAUUUUGCUGUAUUUGUUGGGAGUUGGUGUAGAAGAACGAGAAAAUAUCACUGGCAGUA